AUGCGUCUUACACUCGUUUUUCCAGGCUUUGCAGCCGUGGCUUUGGCAAUGCCCGCCCCUCUGCCUCAGGAGAUCGAUGUUGGUAUGGUCCUCGCUGCUCCUGAGCCGAUUACCUAUGACCCAGUUGUCGGGGCUACUGCUCAGGUUGUCUCCUACGAUUUCACCUCCAUGCUUGCCCAAGCCACGGCUCCGGCCACCUCAGUCGCUACCGACGCCGCUGCCACCGCUACUGCCAUUGAGAAGAGAGGUGCUGCCUGCACUUCCCUGGCUGCUGGCGCUUCUGGAGCACCUGCCUAUUCUCCUGACACCCCUGCUGCAUUUGCCUCGAACUCGGACUUCGCUUCUGUGGCUAUCAAUGCCCCUGUUCCUACUGGUUACAGCAAUACAUUCACCAACGCCAAUGCUUCUAACAGUGCCUACGGUUAUCUUGGAUUCACGACCCUGAGUACUUUUGAUACAGCGAAGUGUGCUGCUAAGUGCGAUGCUAUUCGCGGAUGCCUUUCAUUCAACCUCUACUUCGAAAGGGACCCUAGUGUCGACCCUGGCUCUGGAGCAUCUGGCUGCGAGAACCCUGCCAGUGUCACGUACAUAAAAUGCGUAUUUUGGGGAGGUUACGUUUCAAAUGCAAAUGCCAACAACUAUGGACAGUACCGCAACAAGUUUCAGGUCCUGAUCGCUGGAUCCAACGGCUACACUAAUAACACCUUGGCCGCCCCUGCUGGCUACUCUGAUGCCAUAUAUUAUGGUACCCGUGCUAUUGAUGCCCCUCUUGAUGCUCAGGGCUUCAACACCUUCAUUACCAGCAAGAUCUUUUCCGGCCCCUUUGAUGCUAGACUUUGUGCCGCAGCCUGUGAUGCUCAGACUCAGUACGCUAUCGACCACCCGUCUGCUGAUGGUACACCGGCGAAAAAGUGCCAGUUCUUCAACACUUACAUUCUCAACCUGAACGACAACAAGCAUCCUCAGGGCCAAUACUGUACCCUGUACACUGAGGCUUGGCCUACUAAGUACGCCACUUCGACCGGAUCUACUACCAGCAGGUUAGUUUAG